UGUAAACACAUAAGGGCCACAAGCAAGUGUUAGCUUUACUCGGACGCUCCAGUCAUUAGAUGAUACAAACAUGGAGCGGACAAGUAGCAUCAGGAGAAAGGCCCUUGCUCGUCAGCACAAAGCUGAAGUCAUGAUUGCCGGAGAACAACUCAGGUUGAGGCUUCACGAUGGAAAACUGAUCAAGGACAGACGCUACCACCUACGAACGUACCCAAACUGCUUUUUCGCCGAGGAGCUCGUCACCUGGCUCGUGAACCAUAAGGAGGCGCCGGAUCGGACGACAGCCGUACAUCUGAUGCAGCACCUCAUGGAUCAGGACAUUGUGCACCAUGUUUGUGAUAGGUCCGGAUUCAAGGAUGCCAAACUCCUAUAUCGUUUCCGCAAAGACGAUGGUACAUUUCCCUUCAAUAAAGAAGUGAAGAUCUUCAUGAGAGGACAACGACUGUAUGAACAUCUCAUUGGGGACAAGCACUCCAUUCUGCAGCUGAGAGAGGAGCAUGGUGUUGCGUACCAGCGCUCCUUUCUUGGCUGCCAGCUAAUUGAUUGGCUCCUCCAAAAUGGAGAGGCAGUGAGCCGGUGCCAGGGUCUGGAGCUGUGCCGCGCUUUACAAGAGCAAGGCAUCAUUCAGCACGUGGCAAAAAAACACGAUUUCGUUGACAGUGGACUUCUCUAUCAAUUCCGCAUCAACUUCCGGCGCAGACGACGUCUGUCCGAACUGCUGAGUGAAAACGAGCAGGACAAUUGUCAAAGCAAAGUGGCGUCGUCACCAGAAGACAGCCAACCGGACAGUCCGUUUGUUCUCCACAAAAAUCCGCCCCUGGAGCCUGCUGCUGGUUUUCAGUCAGUGGGAGCCAGGCAAGAGCUUAAAAUUGUGACCGGUGGCCGGCGAGGCAGCUCGAGUUCCCUUCAGCUUCACUCUGCAGGAUUCCCCCCGAUUGCUCAGCUGUCUUUGACUUCAGUCGCAAGAUGUAACCCAGACUCGGUUCUUAAAAGACAUUUUACCUGUGAAGAGUUGCUGGCACCUGGAGCGCAAUUUACCAAGAGAGUGUUGACGGUGACGGGUGAUGCACUCGGCUGGGGCUUUGUGAUUAGAGGCGCGGCUCCUUGUUAUGUGCAAGCCGUUGACCCCGGAAGCCCCGCAGCAGCUGCCGGAGUCAAGGUGCGGCAGUUACUGUGUCAGGUGAACGGUCAGUGUGUACUCUACCUGGACUACAGGAAAGUGACCACAUUGAUAAUGACAGGUCCUCGCAUUGUUGUCUUGGAAGUGAUGGAAACGCUGGAAUAAAAAAAAUUGAACAGGC